GAUAUUAAAUCGGUCAUUGCUAUUGGAGACAGUAUCAGUGCAGGAUUUGGCAUGAUUUCAGGUAGACCACCAUUUUCCACUAUAUUAGAAUAUCGAGGAAAAGUGUUUUCUGUGGGAGGAGAUGAAGGCGAGUAUACGAUACCGAAUUUCUUGGCACGAUAUGGACAAGACAUCAGUAAGGGAGCACCAACAGGGAUUACAUUACCACUUUCGAGAGGCAAGCAAUUGAAUAAUGCAGUGAGUGGAGCUAAAACACAAGAGCUAAAUGCCGAAGUCUCACGGUUAAUUCGAAUGCUAAACUCAGAGAAAUACAAAGCUUAUAAAGACGAAUGGAAAUUGAUUACGGUUUUUAUUGGGGCUAACAAUGUAUGUGUAUUGUGUGAGCCUCCCGUGACGACAUUGCCAGGUUUAGCAGAUGCCGAUAUAUUUGAAGAGAAUGUGCGACAGGUGCUGGAAAGAAUAAGAACUGAUGUCGGAAAAUCCUUUGUGAAUCUCGUGGCUUUAUUUAAUGUAUCGAGUGUGUAUGAAGCUUCAAGAGGUGACCCAUAUUGUGAAUUCGUAUUGGAUCCUUCUCACAUGGUCAUAUGUUCUUGUAUCCAAGGUGAUGAGAAACAACGAAGAGGUAAAAAUGAGUUACUCUUUUUAUAUACUUUCAUUUAAUCUUUUAGUUAACUAGCGGCCGAUCGGGUUGUGAACGAGUAUAAUACAAGAUUGGAAAAAUUGGAAAAAGAAUACAAGACAAAGGACAUCAUGGAGUUUGGUGUGAGCUAUCAGCCUGGAUUCAAGCAAUUUCCGGUAGGAAAAUACAAGCAAUCUUAUUUUAGUGGAGUAGACUGGUAAGAUUAUAAAGGUUACAAAUGCACAUUGUCCAUUGACUUUUUUGUUCAAGCUUUCAUCCUAAUAAGUGCGCCAAUCAGGUGAUGUCUAUCCUAUUGUGGAAUGUGAGUAUACACUAUGUUAUAAGGAGGAGAUCUCCGUAUGUUGUCUAACUUACUUUCUACAUAGAACAUGUUUUCUGAUCCAGAGGA